AUGAACUUGCAUCAUUACCAAAUGCUAGAACUCUACGAUUCCAGCCCAUGGUCCCAAGUGGUGCAGGAAAAUCGUUUAAAGUACGCCCGGACGCUUUCUAACGCAGACAUCGAAUGUCUGGUGUGGGCAGAACUUGAUGCGCUGGCGUUCGCCCACUUCGUUCCCACCUGCCUUGGCCCCCUCCAACUACUCGUUGCAGAUCAGGAUCUCCACGCAGCUUCAACACAAAUCACGAAAUCUUCUGACUGUCGCCUUUUCUUUGGCUUCAACCCACGUCAUGUAGAGUCGAUCUUGCUCGAUCUAAGCCAGCCGAAAACUUUUCCCCACUCAGUGUGCCUCGAGACGACGAUUGCCGCAUGUAACCGCACACCCGACGAUCCAGAUUUCAUCUUCAUCCACCCUCAGUCACAGUUUUAUUUCAACAUCCAGGAUAAAAGUCGCUCGUUGUCUCUCGUGCCUUUCCCGGACAACAUUCGAUUCCCUAAGGCUAUCUUUCUUCUGGAGAUGCGUCUUCAAGCUGACUGGUCGACCAAUGAUUUAUGUACUGCAUCGUGCAGGGGCUCCCACUGGCUUCCCCCUUUCAAUUUCAACUGGGACCAGUCCCAGUCGCAAUCAGUUCAUCCUCCUGUCGCUGUCAGCGACAAUCUCGAGGUACCAAGUAGUGAACGGCCCUGGAUUAUUCGCCGCCCAUAUUCUUCUCCUUUCCUCUCAUCCCGCGCUCAUGGGUAUCUACGCCCGCUUCGUGCGGCACCGAAAUUUCGCAUUGAUCUCGGAGUUGGUAUUUUUCUUAAACGCCCUUUUUGUUUUGAAGGCAGAAGGGUUUUGGUCGGGGGACAUCGCCGACAUCGUCUACAAGGCGAUACUUUCGGGGACAGCGGUGGUCAGGAUAACACGCCACUAACAUUCGUUGAGAUGGCGAUGAACCUCUGGAGAGCGCUUGGCCCUCAUGUCCUGGGAGUGUUAGGCCAUAUCGUUGGCUGUCUUCAAGUCAUACAUGACUACUUCGCCGGUGAAGACGAUACGCCGAUAGAGGAUAGGGGGUUAGCAGGGGAAAAUGAUACCGAGGUGUUGGACCACACCAACUUGUCAUCGGCACUCCCGUCUUCGGAGUCGACACCAAGCCUGCGCCACAUUCCUUGA